UGUUGAUGUUUGCGUGACGCGAGGGACGAGGGACCCGUUUGAAAUUACUUCUCCCAACUUGGCCCAGACCUGGUGUGUGAGGCGGUGACACGAGGCAGGCCACGGGCAGUAUUGAUGUGCUUGUCGCCACGGCUGCUUGCGGUGUGCGUGUUAGCUGCCACGACAUCUUGUUAUGGUGUGGAAGUAAUGGAGGUGGCCAGCAUGGAGUGGUGUUUAGUAGGACAUGACUGGAGACGUUAUGGCUCAUUUAAGCACUGAGGACUGGGGUAGCCCUGCAGAUGUCAACGUGCAUCAUCCUCGACUGCCUCCUGCCCAACAGUAUCAUCAUCCCACUCACCUGCCAUAGGGAUGUCACGCUCAGCAAGCUUAAAAGUGAAAUAUGGCAGGAGGCGAAGAAAUACCCAUUGUACCGAGUAUUGGGUUUGCCUGAAGAAUAUAUUUUAGUUGGCGUAACUCAGGAUGCUGAGCAGGAAGAAUUUUGGGACGAGUCACGUCGGCUGUGUGACUUGCGGCUUUUCUCCCCUAUACUUAAAAUUGUGGAGCCACGUGGAAGCAAGGAGGAGAAAAUCCUUAACUAUGAGAUUAGUCUGGCUAUUGGACGAUCUGUGCAUGACCUGGAGGACCUCAAGGAUGCUGAGCUGCAGGAAUUCAGGAGAAAUAUUAUUGAGGUGGUGGGUGAAGCCGUUAAGGCACGGCAACAGUGUGGCUUGGCUUUGCUGGCGUGUUACCAGCAUCCUCCCGAGCUGGAGCCAACAUCCAAGCUUCCCAGCUCUAUUGAGAAGAAUCUUGACGAAGGUUAUUUAAUGGUGACUGUGUGGAGAGGUGACUCUGAAUCGACCAAUGUUCGCGUCACGUGGGACACAUACCCUGAGGGUAUAAUAACUGAAGCUCUGAAGCGACUUUCUCCAGCCCGAGAUGAUCUGUACCUGACCACUUCGGUGAUGAAGUCCUCCCGUCAUGCCCUCAAGAUAUGCGGAACAAAUGAGUACCUACUAGCUGCUCGUCCCAUCACACAGUACAAGACAAUACGAGUGUGGUUAUCUCGUGGCAAAACCCCUCAACUUUCCAUGGUCUCACGUGGCGAGAUGUAUGCGGCACUCAACACAUUUGACUUCGUGCAGCCAUCGUACAUUCGUAUGGCUACCGCAGAGUCUUCGUCGUCCAGCGAGUCUUCACCGCUGUCUCUGUGGCAUCCCAGUAUGGAUGGCAGGCUUAAAGUGCACAUACUUUCUGCUUCAUAUGUCAACGUUAAGGAAGCUCAUAAGAUAUAUGUUCGGGCUGGAGUUUUUCACGGUGGUGAUCGGUUAUGUGACGUUGGCGAGACAUUACACGUGGCAGGAAGUAACCCCAGGUGGGGGGAAUGGAUCCAGUUCGACCUUCCCAUCCAGGAGAUUCCUCACGGGGCAAGACUCUGCUUGUCGGUGUGCUCGGAGAGGCGGCAGACAGACAAGAAAAGGAAGAAGGAAAAAAUGGAACACUGUAUGCUGGCCUGGGGUAACAUCAAUAUAUUUGACUUUCGAAAUCAGCUUGUACGCAACAGAAUUUCCGUUGUAAUGCUGCCUCCACCAAAAGGUUACGAAGAAUUACUUAACCCCCUGGGAACCACAGGACACACACUGGGCAGUGACACCACCUGCUUGGAGGUUGGCUUCGAACGACGUUUUAACCAACAUGUGACAUUUCCCGACACACAGCAGAUGGAGGACUAUGCGCGCUACAUCAUCAAGCUGGAGGGCAAAGAGAGCCAUGAGGACAUAGAUAGGGAGUCUUCUGACCUGUCAGAGAUCUGUAGGAUAUCAGAGCGUGAUCCAAUGUGUGAACUGAAUGAGGAGGAGAAGGGGAUCCUCUGGUCUAGGCGGAGACUCUGCCUCUCUGUACCCGACUCUCUUCCCAAACUACUUGAUGCUAUGAAGUGGUCAUCAAGGGAUCAUGUUAGCCAGUUGUAUUUACUGCUAAAGGAGUGGCCAUCAGUUUCACCAGAAAUUGCCCUGGAGCUUCUACAGUGCAAAUAUGUCGACCCAACCACACGCAUGCAUGCGGUUAAGUCCCUCGACAAGAGUCUUCCAGAUGAAGGCCUAUUUCAGUAUUUGCUACAACUGGUGCAGAGCUUGAAGCAUGAACCCUAUCUUGACUCACCGCUCCUUAGAUUUCUCCUGAGGAAAGCUCUAACCAAUGCUAAGAUUGGCCACUUCUUUUUCUGGCAGUUGAAGUGUGAUAUGCAGCUGUGGCCCCGGGCUUUGCGUGCUGCAGCCAUAUUGGAGGCUUACUGCCGUGGCCUUGGACCGGGCCUCAGGCAAGUUGUUCGUCAAGUGGAAGUGGUGGACAAGUUGGCCAAACUGGCAGAAGCUGUCAAAGAGAAGAGUGAAAACAAUAAGAGAGCAGCUGGCAGAGCCUGAAUAUUCAAACAUUUUGCAGCACCUAACAUCUCCCCUCAACCCAAGCCACUCCUUGGGUCGUCUUAGAAAUUCAGAGUGUCGGGUGUUGGACUCGGCACGUCACCCCCUGUAUCUGGCAUGGGAUAACCCCGAACCAAUGGCUCCUAUCUACUCGGUAUCACAUGGCAUCAUCUUCAAGAGUGGUGAUGACCUUCGGCAGGACAUGCUGAUGCUUCAGGUUAUUGGCAUGAUGGCACAACUGUGGAAUAAAGAAGGGCUGGAUCUCCGCAUGAUGCCAUAUUCUUGUUUGUCCAUGGGCAAGCAGGUGGGCGUAAUAGAGGUGGUACGAAAUGCCAAGACCGUUUACAGCAUCCAGCGUAGUUCCAAACUGGGGGCCAUCCAGGUAGACUCGUCUCAGCUCUACAAAUGGAUCCGUGAUAAAAAUAAAGGCCCUAGGUUGGAGCAAGCAAUAGACAACUUUACUCGGUCCUGUGCUGGCUACUGUGUGGCUACCUUCGUGCUCGGCAUCGGUGACCGCCACCCAGACAACAUCAUGGUCAAUCAAGAGGGCCUGAUUUUCCACAUUGACUUUGGCCAUAUCUUGGGAAACUUCAAAAAGAAGUUUGGCAUCAACCGAGAGCGUGUACCAUUUGUCUUGACGCAAGACUUUCUGCGAGUGAUUGCUGGUGGAGCUGAGAAUCCAAAGGAGAGCCAGGAGUUUCAGAGAUUCCAGGAAUUGUGUGGCAAGGCGUACUUGGCCUUGCGUAAACACUAUCGCCUCAUUAUCAACCUGUUCACACUGCUGCUAUCAACUGGCAUCCCAGAACUGCAGACACAGGAGGAUGUAGCCUACUUGCGUAAGACCCUUGCUGUGGAGGCCUCGGAGCAGGCGGCACUAGAGUACUUCCAAAACCAGUUUUGUGAGGCAUACGGAGGUGCCUGGACAACAAAACUUGAUUGGUUCUUCCAUUAUGUUAAGCAUAGGUAACCCUCUUCUCAAGAUCUGAUAUUGUCAGUGUUCUUAAGGUAUCACAGUAGUGUGUUACAGCUGAGGAUCUUCACCUGUGUUAGCCGAGAGGUGCAUGAGGACAGGAAAACUUGACUGGUUCUUUCACUGCUGUAAACAUUAGGAAGUGAUUGUUGUCUGGUGUCUUGGUCUACUACUAGACAACCUCCUCUUCCUGAUAUUGGAUUAAGUCUUGUAAAGGGACAGUAGUGGUAGUUGUCAGCCGCUCAAGACAUCGGCCAACAGUGGCCAAGAUUUUUAAACUGUGUUCAUGAAGAUUUAAUUAUCUCCAUUUCAUCACUUCUCUUAUAAGAUACAGUGACUGUGCAAAUUAUAUAAUGCUAGUCCACUGUAACUCAUACCAAAAAAGUGUUUAGGAGGGACAAAUGCAGUUUCUGAAGCAAAAGAAAUAUUGUAAUAUUUUAUUUGAAUUUACACACUUUUAACUCGAAGGAUUGAAAGACGUCAAAUUACUUAUUGAAGGCUUUUUCUUGCUUGGAUAUUUCACUAAUUAUUGUGACUUUGAUUGUCUAGGAUAAGGUUGACAGGAACAAUGGUUAUUCUGUUAUUCUCCACCAUCAUUAUAAUCUUCACCUGCUAGUACCAUCAUCAUUAUAAUCCUCACUGACAUCAUUAUAAUGAUUCUCACAACCCAUCCCUUAAAAAUGAUAGCCGAUAGCUACUAUAGCUGUAACGUAUGAAAUAUGUAUUCUUGUAACAAAAUCCAUGAUACAACCAUUAUCUGCUAUGGAUAUCAAAAAUCAAAAUCAAUGAUAGAACCGAUGUCUAUUAUGGACAUAGUGUACAAAAUACAAACUCUUGCAUAAAAACAGUUAUUUACUUGUACUCUUACAAUUGUAAUGUGUUUACACCAACAAAUGGAACAGGUUUGCCAUACAAUGAAGCUAACCUGUCCUAGACAUUAAGAAGCAAUCCUAGACCUAUCACCUAUAUAGGCCUAAUUUAGUACAUGUACUAGGCCUAGGAAAAUUUAGGUUUAGUUUUGCCCUCUUUCUCUGGACCUCCUCAAAAUUAAUAGCAGAAAAAGAUUAAGUUUUGAGUGCAACAGUUCAUAUUGUGAUCUACUUUCCAUAGUAGCUCUAGAUACUAACAUUUUUGCAUAAUAGGUUGCAUCACCAUCAUUGUAGCCAGCUACAUUAUCCUCACCACCACCAUCUCUCAAUAAUCAGUAUAAUCACCACCACCAUCUACUCCAUGGAGUUUAUAAGAUCUUUCAGUAAUGAAUCAUAAAAAUGUGCUACAAUUUAAAACUAGGCCCAUGAUAGCACAUUUUGUAGUUCAAAGACAAUUAGAUCCUCAUUAGAAAACUACUGGAGAUCUUUUCUCGAGUCAGAAAUGUACGUGAUAUAAACUUGGUAUAUUUUAAUCAACAAAAUUAAGGUUAAAUACAAUAAAAAAGAUAUUAUACAGUGUUUUGACUUGCGAACAUUUUUUAACAUUUUUUUUCUAUUGAGAAAGGCAAAAGGGUUAUUGUAUUGUAUUAGUGAGCAUUAUAUUUUUAGGAUCCUUUGCAAUAGUUUUACAUGCAAUAUUUUUUUUUUUUUUUUUUAGGAAAUAGGUUUCUAGAAAUUUUAUACACCACCCAGUAUAUGAGGGGAUGAUGGAUCUCGUACACCACCCAGUAUAUGAGGGGAUGAUGGAUCUCGUACACCAUCCAGUAUAUGAGGGGAUGGAUCUCGUACACCAUCCAGUAUAUGAGGGGAUGGAUCUCGUACACCAUCCAGUAUAUGAGGGGAUGGAUCUCGUACACCAUCCAGUAUAUGAGGGGAUGGAUCUCGUACACCAGCCAGUAUAUGAGGGGAUGGAUCUCGUACACCAUCCAGUAUAUGAGGGGAUGGAUCUCGUACACCAUCCAGUAUAUGAGGGGAUGGAUCUCGUACACCAGCCAGUAUAUGAGGGGAUGGAUCUCGUACACCAUCCAGUACAUGAGUGGAUGGAUCUCGUACACCAGCCAGUAUAUGAGGGGAUGGAUCUCGUACACCAUCCAGUACAUGAGUGGAUGGAUCUCGUACACCAGCCAGUACAUGAGGGGAUGGAUCUCGUACACCAUCCAGUACAUGAGUGGAUGGAUCUCGUACACCAGCCAGUACAUGAGGGGAUGGAUCUCGUACACCAUCCAGUACAUGAGUGGAUGGAUUAUGCUUUCCCAUCAUCGGGCUUAGGAAGCCUGUUAGGAUUAUCGACGUAACCUGAGGUCAAUGACUGCCCUUUCCUGUGCUACAACCCCACAACAGAUGCUCAACUCCUGGGUUGCUUUUUAUUGCUAGGUUAACAAAGGCAUCGGGUGAAAGGAAACUUGCCCAAAUGUGUCUCCUAAAUCGAACCUUGGGACCUUUCAAAUGUGAACUGACUGAUUAUACCCCUAUUUAACCCUUACACUGCUCCAAUUGCUAAUCUACAAUUUCCUUCUGUGCUCCAAGCACCAUCUAUGAUUUCCUCCUGUGUUCCAUUCACCAUGUACAACUUCCUCCCGUGUUCCAUUCACCGUGUACAACUUCCUCCCGUGUUCCAUUCACCGUGUACAACUUCCUCCCGUGUUCCAUUCACCGUGUACAACUUCCUCCCGUGUUCCAUUCACCGUCUACAAUUUCCUCCCGUGUUACAUUCACCGUCUACAACUUCCUCCCGUGUUCCAUUCACCGUCUACAACUUCCUCCUGUGCACAAUUUGCCAUAUGUGACUGAUCUUUAUAGGGUUUUUAAUGUUGGACACGGGACUUCUAAUAGCAUAACAGUUUAAUAGUUGAUGUUUCUCAUUUCAUUAACAAAUUGUAAGUCUUUAUUUUCAUAUUCAUUGUAGAAUACUGUACUUUUGUGUGUUAUUUUAUCCUUGCUGGUUCUGGCAGUCAAAGUCUGUGUGUAAGGUGGGGAUGAAAGCAGGUUUUUACAAGUGGGAUUUGAACUUUUCUGUGACUUGUAGAAAACAAUGAAUUUAAAGUUAUUAACAGUUGCCGAGGGUAAUUCGGUUAAUUUUAAGCUUCCUUGUACUUAAAAGUAUUUAUUGUAAGACAUUCCAUAAAGCAGCAUUUAAUGGCAUAAUAAAUUUAAACAUUAUUGAAAGGUUCAUUUAAUCAUGAUGUACAGUUGAUCAGUCUCAUUGUGGACUGUUAAAAUGCCCUGGUAUGGUUCACUGUUUCAGGGAUUACUUCAUGGGAAUUAUAUCUGACUAGAGCCUCCAGGUAAAAAAAUAAAAAAUUAUUUUGGUCAUGUUUCUGGCUUGCAUGUUGGAUGCACAAUUUGGGACAGAGAUCCAGAUUUGGUAAAUACCAUCUGGAGAGAAUUUUUUGUCAAUGUUUAACUCGUAUUUUCAACAUACAUAUACAGACAGUUUUCCUUUAAUCAUGUGCAAAACUAUUUUUUUAAUAUUAAAAUCUUCAGUAUGGUACAUGUGAUUGCAAGUUAUGUAAUGUAAAUUAAUGCUUUGGUUUACUUAAGCACACAAGAGUGUGUUACUUAUCUGGUACUUAAGCAUUGUGUUAACUCUUACAAGGUGUAUUUCCACCUUGGUAGUCUAUGGCUGCUACGCCAAAGGUAUAUUGCAUGUAUUACUAUAAAGUACAAAAAAAUAAGAAAAAUCUCAGGCAUAUUGGUUAUGAUUGUACGAUUUGUAUGUUAAUCUGCCAUUAUUUUUUGCAGAUAAAUCUCAGUUUGCAUCAUUUUAAAGAUGCACCUUUAUUCAGGAGGUAUUUGAUUUCAAAGGUGUAUUGUUUUAAAUUUAAAAAAUGUGUCAAAAUGUUUAAAAGUAAGUUUUGUUAGUGUGUUAUGUAUGGACACUUUCUAGGAAUUGAAAUUGUAGUUAUAAAACCAGCCAUCAAGUAUCUGAAUACAUCUGUAUAUAGUAUUAACAUCACUGUGCAUGGGAAGUUGUGAAUGACUGUAAAGAUUUAUCAUAGUUUAAAUGCAAUGCCAAAUUUGAAUUCUUCAUGUGUGACUAGUUGCUAAUUAUGAUGUACAAAUGUGGUGAAUAGCUUAUUUCAGUCAUAUCUGUAAUAUCUAAGUUAAUAUUGUUAUUUAAACUUCUGUUAGCUUUUAAGUUGCCAUCUAUUUCACUCAAAAUAAUUAUCAUAAAUAUUGUAAAGAAAAAAAGAAAAAAAAAAAGCAUACUAUUGACAAACAUGAGAUUAAUUGCUAUUAAUACAUGCUACACAAAUGUAUGUAAAUUAAUAGUUGAAACAGCUGCACUGAAACAUUCAAUAAUUUCUUAAAGAUUAUAAAAUUAUGUACUAAUGAUAUCCUAAUGCUCUAUAUGGGUAUUACUAAAUAUAAAACACAUUAUUGGGAUUUGGGUGGACUGAAUUUGACGUACUGACUUGUUCUUUGUCCUUUGGGGGGGGGGGGGUUCUGCUGAAAUACUGAUGAGGCAAAUUCAGGAAGUGUAGCAGCAGCCACACUGAUUACCAAGUUUUCUCAAGGUGAGUAAUUCUCAUAUAUUUCUUGCUGUGUCAAGUAUCAUGAGUAAUUAUCAUCAUACAUUUGUUGCUGUGUGCAUUCUCAUGAUGAAUAAUUAUCAUACAUUUGUUGCUGUGUUAUCUUUAUUUGUCUCAUUUGGUUCAGGUUGAUAUGUUGUUUGAUAUAUUUUUCUACAUUAACAGAACUUAAGUGAAUUUCUUGUCAAGAUCUUGAGACAUUAAGAGUAUUAAUGUUGCACCAAGGCGGUGACACACUAGUCGACAACAGCACCUGUGUUGUCACUGGUAAUGUCUCAAGAAAAAUAUAAUUAGGAAAUUUUUCAAUAAUAAAUCUUUACCUGCUGGUGAUUAAUUUUAGUUGAAUAAUUGGGAUGUAUUUUUAAUAAUAAUAAUUUUCAUGGGAAGUAAAUUUUAAGUUACAAAUUUUAAUAUAUUUUUCUAAUAUAUGUAAAUCAUUUGAAGAAGGUUUCCGAUGAAGGUUUAAUAUUAAUAAGAGUGCUAUAAGAAGAAAACCUGUAUUGUGAAGGUUGAUCUAGAAAUGCUAGAGAGCAAAUGUGGAUGUGAGCCUGGAUGCUUGUCAAUGUUUUAUUGCACCAUUUAUCACUUUGUAGUCUCUCAAAUUUGUCUAGUAAGUGCGUUGAAAUUCUUAACACAUUCUCUUAUGGCAUUUGACAUUUUUUCUUUGUUGAAAUGAUUACUUUGUCCUGUCUUAAUCUCUUUCAUAUGACUUGAAUAAAUUACUAUACUAUA